CUGCGAUAGAAACCCGAGCCGGAAGUGUCGGAGUGACGCAGCGCCUGGUUUCCGGUUUCCACAUGUAAACAACACCGCGCUUGGUCUCCUCUUCUCUUCCUCAACAUGUCCAUGGAGGAUCCGUUUUUCGUGGUCAAGGGGGAGGUGCAGAAGGCGGUGCUGUCAGCCCAGGGGCUCCACCUGCGAUGGGGCGAGCUGCUGCGGGCGCCUGGGGGCGGGGCCUCCCGGGAGGAGGCGGAGUGGACGACCAAUGAGCUGAGGAACAGCCUGAGGUCCAUCGAGUGGGACCUGGAGGACCUCGACGAGACCAUCGGUAUCGUUGAGUCCAACCCGAAGAAGUUCAACCUGGACGCUCCGGAGCUCGCCAAGAGGAAGGCCUUCAUCAGCGCCACCCGGAAGGAGGUCCAGGAGAUGAAGGAGCAGAUGUCCAGUCCGGCCACCUUGUCCAUCCCUGACAAGAACAACAGACAGGGGCCGGGCGGGGGUCCGGGCGGGGGUCCGGGCGGGGACCGCUACACCAGACUGGACCAGCAGCUGCAGACGGCCAACAGCCUGUUCAUAGAGGAGCAGCACUCACAGCAGCAGCUGAUGGCGGAGCAGCAGGACCAGCAGCUGGAGCUGGUCUCAGGGACCAUCGGGGUCCUGAAGAACAUGUCGGAGCGGAUCGGCCUGGAGCUGGACGAGCAGGCAGUCAUGCUGGAUGACUUCACCCACGAGGUCGACAACACGCACUCCAAGCUGGACAACGUGAUGAAGAAGCUGGCGAAGGUGUCCCACAUGACCAGCGACCGGCGCCAGUGGUGUGCGAUCGGGGCCCUGCUCCUCAUCCUCCUGGUGGUCCUGAUGCUGUUCUUCAUCCUCUGAUCCUCCUCUUCAUCACAAGACAGUCUCCGCUCAGCCAGGAGACCCAAGACCCGGACCCCCUAGAGACCCGGACCCCCUAGAGACCCAGACCCCCGAGAGACCCGGACCCCCGAGAGACCCAGACCCCCUAGAGACCCAGACCCCCUAGAGACCCGGACCCCCUAGAGACCUCGGACCCCC